CGCAGUCAGAUAAAACUCAACUUAUGAAGCCUUUUAAAUCCGCCUGAAAUUUAUAGAACAACAUACAUUGCAUAGAGUCAAGCAAUGGCCUGUGAACUCCAAGGGUGCCUUGGUGCGCUAUCUCUCAAUGAAACAAGCCGUAAAAAGAUUGAGGAUGUAUACCAGGAAGAUGAAGGGUUUAGUUCCGCUCCGAAAACUCUGUUAUCCUUGUAUAAAGCUGUAAUAAGAAAACAGAUUUGGGAGAAACUAACUCAAGAUAAUCAAGUUGAACCCUACCCUCCCUCCUGUUGGGGCAAGAUCCCGUACUUCUCAGGGUAUUAUGAUGCAGUACGCCGUACUAUCGCCACACCAGAGUAUAGGAAUGCUCAGACGGUUAAGGUGAAUCCCAGUCUAGCACAGAUGUUAUUACGAAUGUUUACCCUUAUUCACGGGAAGCAGUUGCUAGUUCCAAAUCCAUCGUUUAACGGUCGCUUCUACAAUAUGCUUAACUUGGACAGAGACAGGUUACAAAUGAGGGAUGCCAAGAUGAGAAUGACCAAGAAGGGAGCUUAUCAGUUCGGGGCGGAUUUGAUGAACAACUUGGAAAAGGCGGCAGCAAUUGAUUUGUUUGUGGUGGGAAGCGUUGCAGUCUCCAUGGACGGGACAAGGCUGGGGAAAGGUCUAGGGUAUGCUGAGCUUGAAUGGGGUAUCCUUUACGAGCUAGGAUUGGUGAACAGUUCUACUAUUGUGUUGACAACUGUUCAUGAUCUACAGGUUGUGAGUACAACUCUACUGAACAGAACCCACUCUGUUGAACAUGAUCUUCCAGUUGAUAUUAUCAUUACUCCGUCACGAAGAAUCAGAAUUAAGAAACCUCAGCCCAAGCCCAGCUGUGGAAUUCUUUGGGAUUUGAUCACUCCGGAGUUCAAGGAUAAACUUAAAAAUCUACAAAUUGUACAGAAUGGUGUACAGAAUAAUGCACAGGAAAGUGUACAGGAUUAUGUGCAGAAAGAUUCACAGAAAAAUGUACAGAAUAAUGCACAGGAGAAUGUACAGAAGAAUGUGCAGAAGAUUGUACAGAAGGAUGCAAAAAAGAAUACACAGAAGGAUGCACAGAAGAAUGUACAGAUUGAGGCACAGAAGGAUUUACAGGAAAAUGAGCAGAAGAAUUUAUCAAAGAAUGUACAGAUUGAGGCGCAGAAGAAUGUACAGAAGAAUGUACAGAAGAAUGUACAGAAGAAUGUACAGAAGAAUGUACAGAAGGAUGUACAGAAGAAUAUACUUAAGGAUGCACAGAAGGAUCCACAGAAGAAUGCACAGAAGAAUUAUCAGAUUGAUAAUAAGAAGGAUAAACAGAAGAAUGCACAGAAGGAUUAUCAGAUUGAUAAUAAGAAGGAUAAUCAGGAGAAUGCACAGAAGGAUUAUCAGAUUGCUAAUAAGAAGGAUAAUCAGGAGAAUGCACAGAAGGAUAAUCAGAUUGAUAAUAAGAAGGAUAAUCAGAAGAAUGUACAGAAGAAUGCACAGAAGAAUGCACAGAAGAAUGCACAGAAGAAUGCGAAGAAAAAUGUACAGAAUAAUGUAGAGAAUGAUGUAAAGAAGAAUGGAGAGAAGCAUGUAAUGGAGCAUGUAGAGAAUAUUGCAAAGAAGGAUGUACAGAAGAACGCACAGAAGAAUGCACAGAGAGACGUAUACCAGUCUAUACAGAAGCAAUAAUAGAGGCAUGUAUAUUUUGCAAAGUACAAAAUAAGUUGUUCACUUGACACUGGAUUAACUUCAAAGUACUUGUAAACCUUUUUUGGUUUUGAUUUAUAUUUUUUUCAAAAAUUAUAAUUGUCAAACUUUUAGUCAGAGCUUAAAUUUUUUAAUGAUUUUUUUUUUGUAUGGAAAAUUAUGUUAUAGCCUCGUUGAACUACUGUGAUCUUUUAUAAACGUUUUGGACUUUUUGUUACUAUCUUUAUCUGACUUUUGAUAAUUUGAACAAAUUUUAAGAUAUUUUUAUGAAAAUAUUUUGUGUAUUAUUUCAGA